AUGCCUUAUCGCCCGAAAUAUUCAACCCCAAGACGGCCACCUCAUUAUUCUGGGAGCCAGGAACAGGAUUCAGCAGAAGUGAGACAAUUAUGUCUCGAAUGUCGUCAGUUGACGACAAAGAGACGCCUUUGCAAUCCACUUUGCCGGAACUGUAAGUCCAGCUUCUGCCCAGGUAGUGGAACUUGCGAUGGCUUUUGCGGUUCUUACCCAUGUUGUGGGUGUUGUGACCAGACUCAGACAAAUACCAUUGCAACCGAUGUGGUUCAUCUGCCUUUAGAGUCCAAUGAAAAGCAGAGUAGCCAGAUUCAGUUCCCAGAUUUGCUAUCCGUCAUGCGCCAAUUGAUUGUUUUCAUCUUCUCUGAAAAGAAACUGCAACUGGACUUUGAGCGUGGAGUUUACCGGUCUGUGAUUACAGCUAUGGGCGGGUCAGAGGUGUUCGCCAAUUUGGUCCAUAACACAGUUGACCCAGACAUUCGGGCAUUGAGAGGUCAAGUAAUCACUGUCGAGGUGUUGCAUGCAAUCCGUCUCAAGCAAACCUCGAAUCCAGCAACCUGGGAAGAACCCCACGGAGGCUAUCUGGGUUUCGUUACACAGGCGCUCCUACCGACAUACUUACGCAUCUACGGAAGGUCUCUGAGUCCCUACUCUCGCCAUAAGGUUGUACAGCUUCUAUCUGAUUCACCAGAUCACGAAAUCCGUGAAUGGGCACUUCAUCGCAACAACGAAAAUCAUCAGCUACGCCGGACAUCAAACUCUGAGGAAUUGCCCAUGAGAAGUCAAAUGGAUAAAGAAGGUUAUGAAAGCGCUUUUUCCCAAGCCAUUAGUACUAGUUUGAGCCUUGAAGAAGCCCCCUUAAUUCAAGCUGGAGAGAAUAUCUGGGGGCCCUUGCAAGUGCACCUAGUAGAUCCUCAAUCCUGGUUUCGGUCAACAAUGGCCAAGCUACAACAAUAUGAUUCAACGAUUGAAACUGGACCUAAGAUGAUCAGUCCUAUCGGAAACUCUGAGGCUUCUAUAGGAGUUGUCUUUGAGACUACCCCGCUUCAUGACUAUGAGGAGAGUGGCCAGGUCAUUAGCAUACCAUGGGGCCUACGGGAGAGUGGCUUUCGGGCCUCAAACUCAUUGAUUUGGCCAUUUGACCUUCGAAGAUACGUUUACAUACCAGAGAGAUUUCAAGUGCAGUCUUUCUCCGCCUAUGAGCGCAACAUUUUACGUGAUGCCUCUCAAGAGCUCAUAGCUGGUACUCGUCUCCGAGUUAUCAUAAUUUGCGGUGAUAUUGAAGAAAUCAUAGUCCCUACUGACGCAAAGAAAGUGGUCUUAACUCUAAACAAUAUGGCUUACAAUACAUGGGUCGAGAUUCAGCAAAAGAAAAUCGCAAGAGUAUUCAUUCCCUACGAGUUGACAAGCAUUUUCAAGUUUGUUUCUGCAAUCACCGAUAUCACAAUAUUUUCAUCCUUUUAUGAGUGCUCUAUGGCUCUUGCUUUAAUAGUUCGACGGUGGGCGGACGAGAGAGAUGGGAAGAUUCUUCCAGCUAGUCCUUCCGACCUUGAGCCAGUACUGAGGGUCUGGCUCGCUGACAAAGGAUUCAAACAAGAUGAAAGCCUACUACGUUUGGCAGAAGCUGUUGGAGGCUCCUUGCGAUACGGACUUCUUGUUCUCACAUUAAGUCUGCCGAAACCAAGGAGAGAAGGCCUUCGUCCUCAGAGAAUCCCACGAUCAAAGGCUGAAAGACGUCACGUUAUCCCAGAAGAUUUGCUCGACAGUGUUCGGUUGGUUUACAAUGAGUUUUGCCCAUGCCAAAUGCCGGAUCCCCAAGUGAUCCAUGAUGAGAGCCCCCUUAUCCAGGCGAUGGAUAACUUGGAACUCAUUGACGAUGAAGAACACCAGGAUGUUUUCACUACUGGACCAGAACUGAACAAGACUCUGGGCGAAAAAGAGUCGCCGACAAGUUCGUUUUCUUUCCAGUCGGGACUCAAAUUGUUAGUUGGAAAUAAAUUCCAAAUUAAAGGAAGAGAACGCAGAGUGAACAGAGCGAGUUUUACCAUUCAACAUUGCACCAUUUCAUUCGACAUGGAGCAUCAGCCGACGGAUGAGGAUUUCUUUUGGGUGAAAGCUCGGCUUUCACCCAUAGGCGAAAAAAAUCCCCAGGCAUGGGCCACAGCAGCCCAGGAGCAGGACCCCGGCGCUCGCCUAGCAUUUCGGAUUUACCGACAGGAUGAGAAUGGGUUUGAAAUUUGGUCAACUUAUGCUGCAAAUGAUAGCUGGGAAACAAUCUGUCAAGCAAACAGUCUCGUCGAUAAGUUUGAAGGGAGCAACUUUAUCGAGCUCUGCACUAAGCCUCGAAGGUACAUCUACAUUGAUGAUCGAUACACAGGGCUGAAGAGAGAAUAUCCGGAACUAAUACCCUUCGUUGGUGGGGCAUAUACCGACGACAACAUGAAUGUGAUUCCUGCCAAAAGUUCCCGCAGAGGCGAAAAACAUACAAAGCCUAGAAAACGAAGACUUGAAGAUGCGGAUCCGCGUGCACACAAACGGGCUAGGGGGCCGGGUGAGGAGGGACUCGAAUUGAAGGACUAGGUGAUUUUUGGUGUUUUGAGGCGAAAAGGCUUCAAAAGAUAACGAACUUCUGCUCGGUGGUCAGGCCAGGAAUACCUUAUGAAUAUCAGUCGGUACAUAGGAAAUUAAGCGAAGAAAAAGUGUGUAGACAAAGCGAAAAUGCCCAGUAGGAAGAUAUAUCAAGGCUACAACUCAAUCAAGCUCUCCUCUACCGGUCGUGCGGCUUGCUGCGUCUGGCGAAUUUCCGAUGGGAUGGGUAUGCAGUGUAGGCAAUACAGUG